CGCUGAGUUCACAGACGAAACUGAAAUUCAUUUCUUCUUUACAAGAUCAAGAUUUUAAAGGGUCUCAGUUUCUAUCGAUGUCUUGGAAUUCAACAGAAACGAUAAGAUCACAUUCAGAGAAUUCAGACAAUUAUAUUGAUGUCGAGUCAUGCAAAAACCGGAGUCACCGACUGUCUCCAAUCUCCGAUAUUUACGAGAGUGUUGGCUCUGCCUCGUACGCAAAUAUUCUGCCGGGUAAAUACAUACAACAGGCCACCAAAAGAAGAUACUACUGUAUAUAUAAAGUACUGUUUGCCUUUCUGUGUGCGUUCCUUUUAUUAACAACACUUAUCGCGUUAAGAUUGCAGUUAUCCGGAUCAGACGACUCAGCCGCUACGCAAAUUAAGUCAUCAUGCAUACCAUGUAACAUGUCGGAAGUGAAAGGCGAAAAUGACAAGACGUGCUUAGGUAGAAACUUCACUGAAAGUUUAAUAGAAUCUGUUGGAGCAGAGAAAACGGCUCAUUUCGUUUCCUAUGUCGACGAUAAAUAUAUAGCUCUACAAUUCAAAUAUGAAUUUGAAAUGGAUAUGAUACGACAACCUUCAAAGAUGCACAUAUACUUACCAGAAUGGCAGGGCACGUUGUAUAGAAAUAGUACAUUCAUCACAGAAGGUGGAUGUUUUAGCUAUGUUGAAGAGGCAUGCAUAACUGACUACGAUUUAUCCUUUGGACUUAUUUAUGUUCAUUGUCGCAGUAUGAAAUAAAGAUUAGAAGAUACAUAUAAUAUAUUGUGUUGAUAAUAUGUUGGGUCACAAGUAAAUUUCCAACGUAAAAUAGUAAAUUAAGGGUAGAAUGCAGUCGUAAACAUGUUGGGUUAUGGUUUGAUUGUGGUUGGAUUAAGGUUGUAUCAUGGUUGGAUAUUGGUUGGAUUCUCGACGUUGUAUCGACGUCGUAUAAUGACGUCUAAAAACCUUUCAAAUCCAGCUAUAAUCCGACGUUGAUCCGACGUCGGAGUCCAACGUCGGUACAACGUCAAUACAAUGUCUUUUGUUUGCUGGGUGGAGAAUGCGUGACUAAUAGACAAUAUGUGUAGAGAAGACCCUGGGUUAUAAACUUUUACGAGUAUAUGUUCAAUGCAUAUUUCCUGUGUAAAAUUUAUUAUCAUUAUUAUUAUCAUUAUUAUUAUUUUGAUUAUGAAAGUACACCGUCUCUGAUACGAAAUUUCGGUAAAGAAGAAAGAUAAUGAUUUUUAAUAUUCAAAUGAAAUAUUUUUACCAGUUUUAUGCGCAUUUUCAAGACUGUGAGAACAAGUAAUUAUUUUAUAUUAUAUAAAUAAUAAUUCUACACCAAAUAGUUGUUUAACUUGGAACAGUCCGACCAGAAUCCAACGUCGUAUAGACAUCUAAAUCUAACGUCGACUAGACGUUGUGAAUAUGACGUUGAACAGACGUUGUAUUUUGGUCGCCGACGUCGCGACCAAAAUCCAACGUUGUUUCGACGUCAGGUGUUUGCUGGGUAUAGACUCUAGCAGUGAUGACCACAGCAGAAAUCGGGUAAUCUUUUCACAAAUACUGUUGAAUUUCAGUUACAGUCAUAUAUUUUGAUUUUUUCUUACUUGCUCUAAGGUUAAGACUUCAUUUGCUUUCGUAGAUCUAAAUGUUUCGAAAUUCAUUUUUCACUGUCGAGUGUUAUGCUACAUUUCAGAUUUUGUUUAUGUGUGCGAAAGAAUAAGCUGUCAUAAACGCUGACUGACUAAUGUUCCGUGUCAUUUUUUUUCAGACCAAUGUUCUCAAGUGAUGAUGUGAUUUAUGCUAGACGACAUAACAUACAGCAGUGGAACAGAGACAGACUUUUUUAACAGUUCAAAAUAUUAGACUCUGAUUUAGUCAUAUUUAGCCAUGAAAAUAAGACGGGUUAAACAAUCACGUGCACUACAUGACCGAUAGUAGUAAAGUAAUUGUUUGUGCGAAGACAGUAUAACCUCAUUUGACCUUUUGACCCUUGGUCAGGACUGGUCAAUGCCGGACAAUUUAAAAUCCACAGGUUUUAAACCAACUAAAAGUUUUAAACACAUAUAAUAUAAUGAGUUUACAAAAUAAAAUAUAUUGUUUGAAAGAAAGAAAAUUUACUGAUAAUAUAAA